CCACGACGUCCUUCCCCUCGUCUUGAUCAUCGGCGCAGCUGUUCUCGCUACUUACAGCUACCUGUUACUUUACUUAUCCGUUGAAGGCUUGCCAAGAUGGGUGGAGGUGACUUGAACAUGAAAAAGUCCUGGCAUCCGCUCCUGAUGAAGAAUCAGGAGCGGGUGUGGCUCGAGGAGAAGAAAGCUCUUGAAGAGAAGAAGAAAUUUGACCAGCUGCGGAAGGAAAAGGAAGAGGAACGGCAGAUGCAAGAACUCCAGCGUCUACAAGAGGAGUCAACGGGAAGGAAACGUACAGAGAAGCUAGAAUGGAUGUAUGCCACGCCGGCUACGGGAAGUAGCGCAAAUAAGAAUGAUCUGGAGGACUAUCUUCUCGGGAAGAAGAGAGUGGACAAACUUCUCACGGGUGAUGAGAACGAAAAGAUUGGUGCAGCGCACAAGAACUUCAUAGCUGUCCAGAAUGCCAAUACAGUGCGAGACAUCACCUCGAAGAUACGGGAAGACCCUCUCCUUGCAAUUAAGCAGCAGGAACAGGCGGCUUAUGAGUCCUUGAUGAGUAAUCCUCUGCGGUUAAAGGAGAUGCAAAAGGCGGCAGGGAUUAAAGUUGACAAGGACAAGAAAGCAAAGAAGGACAAGAAGGACAAGAAGGACAAGAAGGACAAGAAGUCGAAGAAACACAAACACCAGGAUGAGCAGGACGACUACUAUGAUGAUAAAUACAAUGACCGCGGAAGGAGUUAUUCGCGUUCUCGUUCACCGAAUGAUCGUUACGAAAGAUAUCGGGGCAGCCGCUCUCCAGUCCGAAGGACGCAUCGGCAUAGGAGCAGGUCUCACAGUGCUGAAGCAAGGCCCAGAUCAAGCAGGAGCCCGAUUAGCUUCAGAGAUGAUCAUGCCCGUCGGUCGAGCUACGGAGACAGACGGCGGAGCCGAAGUCCGCGCGACAGAUACGAGCGGGAGCGAGUACCACGCUACCCUUACUCAGACGAAACGUCCUCGGAAGAACGGCGGCGAGACAGGAGCCGUGGUUUCGAGCAGCGUCGAUAUUCAGACGCUUAUGACAGAAAGCGAGAUCGGAGUGUUUCGCCUCCUGGUUACGCAAAGCGUUCUCGCAUGCAUUCACCGCCGAGACCGUACAGCAAUCAGACUCGCCCUUCGCGUUUCGUAAACGGUGGCCCAUCUGCUAAUGGUUACUCCGCUUCGGCAGACGACCGUGCCGCACGUCUUGCUGCCAUGUCGGUUAAUGCCUCAUCUCUCACUACUGAACGUAAGGAGCAUCUAUCGAAGCUACUUGCCGAGGAAAAGGCAGAGCUCGAGGCCGAAAAAAAGGCUCGUGCUAAGUCAGGGGGGAUGGGUAGCUUCUUGAGUCAGGAGCAGAAGAAGGUUUUCAGUGGAGCUGGAGGCAUUGAGGAAAGGAUUCGAAGGGGGAAGAGUGGAUUGGUUGCUGAAGCGGACUAGUAUUCGUCAGUUUUCUCUAUUUCCUACCAUGUUAUUAGUAUGUUGUCAUUGCAAUUCUAACUUAUCAAAA